AUGACCCGGAUCGGUACUCUUCACCUCACAACUCACCAACUAAUUUUUAUACACCCGCAAGAAGAGAUGUGGAUAUCAUAUCCAACAAUUCAUACGGUGGAACGUAGACCUCUGGCAUCUAAUGGACAUUGGCCUUUGCUGAUUAGGUGUCGUGAUUUUGUAUUUGUUACUAUAUCUGUGCCAAGUGAACGUGAAGCAAUAGAUGUAUUUGAGAGUAUACAGAAAUUGACUUGCAUUAAAGGUUCUAUAGACCAACUUUGCGCUUUCUUCUAUAAACCUCAAUCACUAACCACGAAUGAUGGCUGGAAGAUCUAUGAUCCCAGAGUAGAAUUUGGUCGUAUGGGAGUUGGUAGUAGAACUCGCACAUGGAGAUUAUCAGAGAAGAACAUAAAAUAUGAAAUUUGUUCAACAUAUCCACGGAUAUUGGUGGUUCCAGAUAAAAUUACUGACAAUGUAUUAACACAUGCUUGCAAAUUUCGUAGCAAAGGCCGAAUACCUACCUUAAGUUAUUUGCAUUGGUCAAAUAUGGCUUCGAUAACGCGUUCUAGUCAACCUAUGGUUGGCCUUAAACAAAAUAGAUCUUUACAGGACGAAAAAAUUGUUGAAGCUAUUUUCCAAUCUAAUGCUCCUCCUCCUACACCCUCUGGUCAACCAAUUUAUGGCUCGACAGCAACUAAUUUGAUUGUAGACGCUCGACCUACCGCUAAUGCUAUGGCAAAUGUGGCAAUGGGAGCAGGGACUGAAAAUAUGGACAAUUACAAGAAUUGCUCAAAACAAUAUAUGGGAAUUGAUAAUAUUCAUGUUAUGAGAGAGAGUUUAGGAAAAUUGGUGGAAGUCAUUCAAAAUGCAGAUGCUCAAGGCUUGCCUAUAAAAAAAUAUCACCUUGACAAGUCAAAUUGGCUAAAGCAUAUUAGCAUUUUGCUGGAGUCUUCUUCUAUCAUUAUCAAAAAUAUUCAUGUGAACAAUUCACACGUUUUGGUUCAUUGCUCAGAUGGUUGGGAUCGCACUGCUCAACUGACGUCAAUAUCAGAAUUAUGUCUGGAUCCGUAUUAUCGUACCUUGCGUGGUUUUCAAGUAUUGAUUGAGAAGGAUUGGUUAUCAUUUGGUCACAAAUUUAGCGAUCGUUCAGGGCAUCUAUCAAAUGAACGAUACUUUAUUACUUCAAGUACAAAUGCGGCAAACAAUGCAUUUAACUCGAUGCAAAAUAAGCUAAAGCAAUCACAUGUCCGCGAAACAUCACCAGUUUUUCAUCAAUUUUUGGAUUGUGUUUAUCAAAUUUUGGCUCAGCACCCUGAAAGAUUCGAAUUCAAUGAACAUUUGCUAGUCAGAUUGCAUUUUCAUCUGUAUUCUUGCCAGUACGGAACUUUCCUUUUCAAUUCAGAAAAGGAAAGAAACGAUUACAAAGUCACAACUUUAACAUAUUCCGUUUGGGACUACAUUAAUUCAAAUAGAGAGCAGUUUUUGAAUCCCGUGUAUGAUCACGGGAUUAAAGACCGAGAAGAGAUGGGUGAUAAGGGAGUACUUUUCCCGGAAUCGGAUUGGAAGAAUCUUAAAUAUUGGGCAUCACUUUUUGAUAAGCGAGAUGAGGAACUCAACGGGGAAGAAACGGUUGAAGAAGUAAGUCCAAUGACUAGGUCCCUAUGGAUGUCAGAUAGUCCUGUCCCGAGAUCAGGCUCACCCGAUCCAUUAGGAGCACUCAACGGAAUUACCUGGAAUGAUGAACAAUCUCAAACAAUAACUUCACGUACCCCAAAAAAUCUAAAUUUAGAUAUAGACGAUCCGUGGCGUGAUAACAACAAUAAUAGUACUCAUGAAAGUGACGAACUUUAUGACGAAUCAAUCAAACCAUUACAUCGUAAAGAAAGUAGCAGCGAACUAAACGCGAUUGUGCAAAAUUUUGCAAGAAUAACACUUAAUUUUGGAGCACAAAUCUUGGAUGCUGCCAGUGUGAACUUUACAAGUAAUGCAAAUGAUAACUCGAACGAUAUUGAUCCUCAAUCAUCUGUUGAAAAUUAUGAGAGCAGACAUGGAUCUCGUGAAAUGUUGUCAUUUUCUAAUAACACAAAUAGCAUAAAAAAUAGUUCUCCAUCAAAAUCCAGCCCAUUAUCAUCUGCAUUAAGACCUUGGAAUACCUUUUCUGCAAGUAUAGGAUUUCCGACUACGUCUCUCAAAUCUCGAGAAAGAAAUUCAUUUCCAGCGCCAGAGAUUACAAAUUCUGCUACUACCACUCCACCAAUCUCACCUCAAACCGAACCUCAUCCAUUAUUUUUGUAUGAUUCGUGA